AUGAACGAAUGCAUGCUGAUGGCCGAUACAAUGAAUAUAGGAUUCGGUCGCAAGCCCUUUGAGCACCGCAUCAAGUGGGUAGCCGAGGGCGUCGCCUUCGACGACGAGUAUCACUUCAACCCGCAACAAUCGUCCCAAUGGGACGGAUUCCGUCACCACAAUCAGCCGGCGCCCACGCCCGAAAAUCCCGAACGUCGAGUCUUCCACGGCGGCACGACGGCCGAGGAAAUCAAAGACACCGACUCCCCCCCGCAUCGGAAUCGGAUUCUGGGCCAAGCGAGGCAUCGCAGGUCGUGGAAGAAGAAAGGAAUCCCUCUGAAUGCACUCACCCGCCAGACGAUUUCCCUAGACGAAGUCCUCGAGAUCGCGGCCGAGUCCAAUAUCACCUUCCAGCAUGGCGAUAUCUUCUUCCUGCGCGUCGGACUGCCGGGGACGUGGGCGGCCAUGUCAGCUCAUGAGCGACAGGCGUAUAGUGAGCAGUCGAUGCCGCAGCAUGCGGGCAUUGAGCAGAGCGAGCGGGUGCUUCGGUUUAUAUGGGAUAAUCAUUUUGCGGCUGUUGCGUCGGAUGCGGUUAGUUUUGAAGUGUUUCCGGCUCGGGCGCCGGAGUUCGAUCUGCACCAUUAUCUGCUAGCUGGGUGGGGGGGUGCCUAUCGGGGAGAUGUUUGA